CGCUCUUCAUUGACAAGACCACGGGCAGCUUCCUGUGCACAGCCACCCUGGCCGAGGGCACCUGGCAGGACUUCCAGGCUAACGUGGAAAUGCGGCUCCGUGGCAUUACCCCCAUUCCCCCUGCCAGCUCGGAGGAGAUGGAGGAGGAAAUGCGACAGGCUCGCGAGGAUGCCCGCUGCAUCUGGGAACGGGCUCUGCCGCUCUGGGAGCUGCUGGAUGAGAAGGAGACCAAGGAGACCAAGGCUUUGUUUGGUAUCUCGCAGGUGACAAAUGCCACCUUGAAACGCUUCGCUGUGCGUUAUUUGAGGACUGCCAGAUCUCUCGUUUUCCCCUGGUUCAGCCCUCAAGAUGCGACCCUGAAGGGUCUGAAGCUCUUAAGAGUGGAGAAAAAGGGGGGCACGAUAACUUACGUGGAAGAGACUUUACCCCGCUUCGAUUCCUAUCGCAAUCUUUUUGGGCUGCCUCUGAUUGGCCGCCGAGACACAGAGCUGGUCUUAACUGGGUGGGAGCUGGAUGCCCUGGCCCUGCACCAAGCGGCAGGAGUGGCCAGCCUGGCCCUGCCACGGGGGGCCAGCAGCCUGUCUCCCACCCUUCUCCCCUACCUGGAGCAGUUCAAGCGCAUCACGCUGUGGCUCGGCGAGGACUUGCGCUCCUGGGAAGCUGCCAAGCUGUUCGCUCGCAAGCUGAGCCUCAAGCGCUGCUCUCUGGUGCACCCUGGCAACCUGCAGCCCCGGCCCUUGGAGGCUCUGAACCAGGGCCUGAACGUCACCAAAAUCCUACGUUCUGCCGUGCUUGCCAGCCACAAAUCCAUCAUCUCCUUCCGGCAGCUGCGCGAGGAGGUGUUCGGGGAGCUGGUCAACACCGAGCAAGUGUCUGGCGUCAAGUGGGCACGUUUUCCCGAGCUCAACAAGCUCCUCAAAGGACACCGCAGAGGGGAACUCACCAUCUUCACAGGCCCAACAGGCAGUGGGAAGACCACGUUUAUCAGUGAGUAUGCACUGGACCUGUGCAUGCAGGGCGUGUGCACGCUGUGGGGCAGCUUUGAGAUCAACAAUGUCCGCCUGGCCAAAAUCAUGCUGACACAGUUUGCUGGCCGGCGCCUGGAGGACCAGCUAGAGCUGUACGAUGAAUGGGCUGAUCGCUUCGAGGAGCUCCCGCUCUACUUCAUGACCUUCCAUGGCCAGCAGAACAUCAAGACAGUGAUUGACACCAUGCAGCACGCGGUCUACAUGUACGACAUCACCCACGUGGUCGUCGACAAUCUCCAGUUCAUGAUGGGACACGAGCACCUCUCUGUGGACAGGCUCGCUGCCCAGGACUACAUCAUUGGUGCCUUCCGCAAGUUUGCCACAGACAACAUGUGCCACAUCACCCUGAUCAUCCAUCCUCGCAAGGAGGAUGAUGAGAAGGAGCUUCAGACAGCCUCCAUCUUCGGCUCUGCCAAGGCCAGCCAGGAGGCCGACAACGUCCUCAUCCUGCAGGACCGUAAGCUGGUGACGGGGCCAGGGAAGCGCUACCUGCAGCAAGGUCAGGCUGAAGAAGAUGAAGGAGGAGAAGGAGAUUUUAGCCAACAAAAUCGUGGAGGGAGGCUCAGGAGCCUCCAAGAAGCCAUGAGCCCAGCAGGUCUCUGCCUCAGUUCGUCUGGAGGAACAGAGACUAGUUCUGGCAGCCCAAGGCUGGAAUAUGCCAGCUCCUCUUCCCUGGGAUCAUGUACGAUGCACCUCUGUGGCCCUUUCUCCUGCAUGAACAAACCUCUUGAACACGAGGACAGUGUCUCUGAGAUGGGGGACCACCAUGAGAGGAGUGGUCUCAUCCUAGGGAAGAGUGAAGGGGAAGGUGCUUUGACAAACACUGGCUGCUCCGUGUUGGUGCUGAGUGCUGGGAGCAUGGGGGGAGUGGAGGCAGAGUAAGCUGGAUGAUGGUGGGGAUGAUCUGCUGUUUCGGGACUUGCAUAUCUCUGGACCUGGGGCAGGUUGUUAAAUUCUGUCUAAAAUGGAACUGAAAUCCUGAACAGUCACUAAAUGGGAGGCAAUUAUGUAGAGGGACACGUAGUAGAAACCCCCCCUGUCACAAAUGGGGUCCUGCAUGGGAUGGAGCCAGCAAGGGAAAGAUGGUGAAGGAAAGUGUGAGAUUGUGGGUGGCUCAUGCUUCAGGGUGGGAGCAGAUGUUAAUGGAACUCACCGGUUCUACCCGCAUGGCUGGCACCUGACCUGGCCCCCUUUGCUAAGGGUCCCCCAAGCCCCUUUUUCUGGGUGGGCAUCACCAGCAAUAAAACCAUGUGGGGAACAGUCCUUCCUUGCUCUGCUGGGUUUGGGGGGGCUGCUAUCCCCCCUGCCUUCAGGGCUGCAGGCAGCAAAUACUGUGACAUGACUAGUCCUAGCCAUGGUAGGGGGUGUCCAUGGCUGGAUUUUGGUCUAAUUCCUUUGAUUUUUUUCCUCUUUCUAGUUUUAUUAAAGUAUA